CCGUAACAAAGAGUCUCUUCCUUUGUCUUGGCUCACCACUCCUCUUGAGGACCCCUCCCCCCCCCCAGGUUCAGCCCACCUACCAUUCUUGGUUUGUAGAGCAGAAGCCUCGUGGCUAUGCUUGCAGAAUUAGAAAAGGCGGAUGAGAAGGGGGGAGACCUCGAAUCCCGUAGGGCCCAUACCAGAGAAGAGGACGAUACUGCUGGGUCUAUCACUAGCACCACCACGAACCGAGAUGCGGAAGAAGAGCGUCGACGAGCUUCGCACGGCGUUCCUGUAGAUGAAGAGGCCGCCGUCCCCGCACCGACGGAGCGGGCUAGGUCACAAGCAUCGUCAGCUCGCUCACGGCCGUUGUCUAUAGUGCCGAGGUUGAAGCGCCGGGGUAUCCUGGCGCAGCUAACGCUUAUUCCUGAAGUUGAGCGGCCGUUCGAGUACUCGAGGAAAGAUAAAUGGAUGAUCACGGCAUUCAUAGCCUUGGCGGCAUGCGCGGCGCCGAUGGGCUCCGCCAUCUUCUACCCUGCCCUACCGAGCAUGGCUGUUGAUCUCGCUGUGACGCCGACUGUCGUAAACUUGACGGUAGCUCUGUAUAUGUUGUCGAUGUCCAUCUUUCCGCUCUGGUGGUCCUCCUUCUCGGAGACGCUAGGCCGACGUAACAUAUAUAUCUCGUCGUUCUUCCUCAACGUCGUGUUCUCCCUGCUAGGCGGACUAAGUGUCAAUAUCGGUAUGCUGGUCGUCUUCCGUGUCCUGUCGGGCGGAGCUGCCGCGAGUGUGCAAGCCGUCGGUGCCGGAACGAUCGCCGAUAUCUGGGAGCCCCGAGAGCGCGGCCGCGCUAUGGGUUACUUCUACUUAGGACCGCUGAUGGGACCUCUCAUAGCCCCCAUCGUCGGCGGCGCCCUCACUGAAGGUUUCGGUUGGAGAAGCACCGUAUGGUUUCUUACCGUGUACGGCGCUCUCGUCUUCAUCCUUAUCCUAUUCGGCGUCCCAGAAACUCUUCCGAAGCGUCGACAUGCUGCUGCUGCUGCUGCUGCUGCUGCUGCUGUUGCCUCUGUACUAGAGCCCUCGCAAUCCGAAGGCUUGUCCCGCAUCUCCACUACGCGUUCUGUGCAAACAUAUACGAAGCAUGCAGCCACAUGGAUGAAGCGGUGUUUCGUCGAUCCCCUCGAGGUCAUCCUGUAUCUACGUUUUCCCGCCGUGGCGUUGACCGUCUACUAUGCCGCCAUUACUUUCGGAUCGUUGUACGUCCUCAAUAUCUCGAUCCAGUCGGCAUUCUCGCGUGAGCCAUAUAGCUAUCCAGCGAUCAUCAUUGGUCUACUGUACAUACCAAGCUCGCUAGGCUACUUCGUGGGGUCGGUACUGGGCGGGAAAUGGAUCGAUCGGAUCAUGGUUAGGGCAGCAGAGAAGGCCCAGCGGUACGACGCUGACGGCAAGCUCAUCUACCUCCCCGAGGACCGCAUGCGGGAGAAUGCCUGGGUGUCCGCCACUCUCUACCCCGUCGCGUUGAUCUGGGCAGGCUGGACACUUCAGUACGGGAUCCACUGGACGGCGCCGUCCGUGGCUACUUUUUUGUUCGGAUUUGGUAGCAUGCUCGUUUUUAGCGCUGCGACGACAAUGCUUACCGAAUUCAUGCCUCGCAAGAGCAGUAGCGGCGUCGCCCUCAACAAUUUUGUGAGAAAUAUCUUCAGCUGCACGGGCGGCAUCGUCGGCCAGCCCCUUGUCGACGCCAUGGGCAUCGGGUGGCUAAUGACCACGCUCGGGUUGAUCGCUUGGAUAUCUGGAAACUUUUGUAUCUGGCUUCUGCGGAGGAAUAGUCAGAAGUGGAGAGCGGAGAUGGAUAAGGCUCUCAACUAAUGAGUCCGAUAUACUGUCACUAGCGUAGCGUAUCAUGAGACAACGAAGCGUCAUUUCUUAUUGCCAAGCUUGAGUUUCCCACCCCACGUGUAUCCGGUGUGAAGUUACGGCACAGCGGUAUUUUUCACGGCGCUAUAGAAUUCCUUCGUCAGACGAUGACACCAGCCGAGCAGGCCUAGCAUCAGUGCAUAUUAUGACGGGGGCUCGUCGCUGGUAUGGCAUCGCUA